AUGGCUACCCCCAGUGUUCUCGCUUUUGACGCUGAGGGUCGGGCCAUUGACUUUGAGGUUUGGGUAAAUGACCUGCAGCUUUUCCUACAGUGCGACAGGGCAGACAGUCUCUCCCUCUUUGACCUCACCUCUGGCGCCUCUCCUGCCCCUGCUGCUGACGCUGACGCCAUUGUUCGCUCCCAGUGGGCCACGCGCGAUGCUGCUGCACGUCUUGCUGUGCGUCGCCCCCUGCCUACCACUGCGCAGCUGCAGCGUUA